UGUACAUUUUUGUACAAGGUCCACCCACAAUCCAUGCUCAUAACAAGUCUCCAAAAACAGACAAAAGCAAGAUGGAAAACUACAACUAGACAAACCUGAUGUGAUGUGCUGUAGUUUCUUUAGCGGGAUGCACGCUGAUUGUGUUGUGACAGCGCUCUGCAGGGGGAGUUACUUAACUCUUCCAUUAUUGUUCUAAUGUUGUUUCUUCAUCACAAACACACCUGGAUUUGUGUUUAGUUUUAUUUACACACGUUUAACACACAAACUCUCCAGCUUUUGGCUGAGUUCUUCCCUCAAACUAAAUGCACUAUUCCUUCUUAUGUCAUUAAAUGGUAAAUCAGGAAAUGCCCCAUAGUGUUUUUAAACCCCAUACAUCUACAGUUAAAUCAUUUGGAUCAUUUCAGCCCUGGUAUUCCUUAACUUUGAAGUUGCAGCUAUUGUUUUAGCUUCAUCGAAGCUGCUUCUCUCCUCAGUGCACCAGCAGAUGUUACACACUUUCUAUUGACAAUCUCAACUGAACAAAUGGAAUAAAAGCAACAACUUUUAAAGACUAUUCUAUUCCAGUAUUGUAUAGUAAAGCAGUUCAAGUGAGGCCACCUGUUCACCUCAACACUACCAUUCAAUGACAUCACAGGGUGGAGCAUUUUGACAUUGGGGUUGCAGAUGUGUAGAAUGUAGGAAUACUCAAACGUGUGAACGAAACAAAACACAAGUCCAGGUGUGUGUUUGUGGAGGGAGCAGCAUUAGAACAUGACUAAAAGCUCUCAAGUCAGUUUAGCGUAAUAUAGGACCGAUGAUAAAUGUUUUUUUUAUGCUUUAGACAAGCAGGUGACUGACCCUCCACCCAAAAAGUUCCACACUGCACAUUUUAAAGCGUGUUUUUCUUGUAAAUGUUGUGGAGGAGGCCUGAGCGAGUGUCUCUGUGUCUGGACCGUGGGCAGUCGUGCUCUGGUAAAGACAAACCUGGUUCCAUAGUUCUGAAGCUGUGACUAACAGUGCUGGUGCUGUGGACCGCACUUUUCCCUCAGGCGGACAUGUUGGGGUCCUCAUGGAAACGACUAACCUGUCAAAGACAAAAUGGCUCCUUCAAUGUGCAGUUUCUCUGAUCUCGCCCUGUUCUCCUCAUGUCGCUUUGAUUUAACCAUGUUUUGUUUCAGGAGUCAUGUGAUCCUGCUUCUUUAGCCGGAGCCACACACACACACACACACACACACUGUCCUCUGUGUGUGUGUGUCUGCAUGUGUGUGUGCGCAUUUGUGUGUGUGUGCUCUGUGUCUGCGUGUGUGUGAGAGUGUGAGAGUGUGAGAGUGUGUGAGUGUGUGAGUGUGAGUGUGAGUGUGAGUGUGAGUGUGAGUGUGAGUGUGAGUGUGAGAGUGAGAGUGAGAGUGAGAGUGAGAGUGAGAGUGAGAGUGAGAGCAGGCCUGAAGACUCCCCUGGACCCUUGCUCCUUCUGUUCCAUCUCCAUCAUCAUUCAUGUGGUCCAGAAGAGCUCCUCUGUGUUUUUAAAGUUCACACACCUUCACCGCACCUGCUCUGAUCCAUUCUGCUUAAAGCCGCACUGUGUAACUUUCCUGAUGGAAGGUGAUUUCUGUGGAGAUUGUUGCUUUGCCUGGAAUGUUCUUCAGUAGACAGUGUUUGUGUUCUAUUAUGUUCUAGGUGAGAUCUGCACCAAUGCUGUACUGCGGAACAUUCCAGUGCAAUGCAAUGUCCUUCCAUGGAAACAAACAAGUGCCAGACCUCCACCAGAAAAGCUGCACAUUGCAUCUUUAAAGCACCUCAGUGAGACGCGGAUGUAGUAGGUUGUACAGACACAAGUGAAGUCAACCCAAAGUAUCUGUAAAAGUCUCAUGAGAGUUUAUUAAAAGUGGCCACAGUAGAUAGAAGAAGCAGCCGGGCCUGACCGGUGCACAGGUCCAGAGGAGUCCAGGCACGAGUGCACGGGGCGCAGAUGGGACAUGACGGGUGUAAAGUCCCAGUGUAAAGACUAAACUUGUUGAUUUUUUUCGAGGAGUCCGUAUGAGGGAGAGGGUCGGGAUGAGGGCAGCAGGUGAGACCCAGCAGCAAACGCUCGUCAAACCUAGACAAACUAGACAACCGUAGCCUGGAGCCAAUCAGAGGCUGGUGUGAAUGCAGGGGGCGGGACCGGCUGUGGCUGUGAUGGUGGUGGGAGACAGGAAGUGUGUCUUUUUGAGCCAAUCAGGGGCCGGGAUGAUCCUGCAUGGAGGGGUGUGUGUCGGGACCUGAUCGCAGUCCAUGUGUCUGUGUGGGAUGGGGCGGGGGUCAAGAGCAACAACUGUCAAUCAUAAAACUCUCAUCACAAGUAGACGGGGCAUCUGGAGUAAAGCCUCUGGACGUCCUGUUCUCCAUGAUGAGUGGACACUGCUGUCAGGACACUCUGGGUCAACACAGACACAUGGGCUCCUUAAAUUGACUCGUCUCCCUCAUUUCCAUCUCCUUGUGUGUCCUGCCUGUGUCCUGUGUAGUUUUGCUAUGAUAACUCUGUGUCCUUCUGACCAACUGUCCUCUCUCCUGUCCACUGUGGUCCUCUGGGUGCAUGUCCUCACAGGUCCAUGCUGAGCAGCACUGUGGACAAAAAUGAGAAGACCUCCGGUGGAGUCCUGUCCUCCAACAAUGACGAGAACAACUCCUCCCCUGGCUCUGGAAACACAGGUGGGACAGGCACCCCUCCCGCCAUCGGGGGGCAGAAGGACUCGGCCAAACCGCGCUCCCUGCGUUUCACCUGGUCCAUGAAAACCACCUCGUCCAUGGAGCCGUCGGAGAUGAUGCGCGAGAUCCGCAAAGUGCUGGACUCCAACAGCUGCGAGUACGAGCUGCGCGAGCGCUACAUGCUGUUGUGCGUGUCGGGGAACCCGGCGCGGGACGACUUUGUGCAGUGGGAGAUGGAGGUGUGCAAACUGCCACGCCUCUCGCUCAACGGAGUCCGCUUCAAACGCAUCUCCGGAACCUCCAUCGCCUUCAAGAACAUUGCCUCAAAGAUCGCCAACGAGCUCAAACUGUGAGCGCGCCAGUCCAAGCAGGAGGAGAGCGUUAAGGGCACUGAAAUGGAGACCUAAGCUAACGCGAAUGCUGAAGCUAACACUGAAGCUGGGCCCACGUGGGGAUUGUUGUGUGGACACUGUAGGGUUCUUCCUGCUGUUCUCUGCAUGUCUGCCCUCUGCCCAUGACCACUCCUCCUCCUGUAUUUAUUCUGUUGUUCACGGUUCUGCUUUGGGCUGGACUGAGGACUCAAAUCCUGGACUUUCCACACGACCGGCGAGUCCGGACUGAACAAGCCCUUCAACAGCACAAGCACAUCUUCAUCACUCCUCCUCCUCAGCACAGUUCCCCCCACAGGCCUUUUUGUUACUUUGACAUGAUUUUAGUUUCUUUUCUUGCUUGUUUAAAAGUUGUGCACUGGAAAAGAUGGGCAUAUCAGACGUUAAGGGGAGAGUUGUAGAUUCAUUGUUGCCUUUUCUUUGAAGAAUUUUUUUUUUCACAAAGUCAGCACAUAAUCACUUCGUGUUGGCGUGACGCCUUCACAUUGAGCGGUUUGCUUUGGGCCCUCAAGCGUUCCAAAUAUACUGGGCAGUUCAUGUGUGACUAUAUCUACACCGAUCACUGGACUAAGCCAAAUCUACAUGAUGAGUGGUGACAUGUUCUGCUUUUUUGAUUUGACCCUAUAUUUUCGUGCUUUGUACAGACUGAUGUUGGAGGCUGACGUUGGAGGCUGGUGUGGUCAUUGCUGCCUUGUGUUGCACCUUUCACAUGUGGAGGCGGAGCAGGUGGAGAGACUGUCACUCAUGAAGGGGUCACAGAACCUAACACUUUGUUUCUCACGAUGACACUGUCCUUUUCGACCUGUUUGAGUUUAGACCCAUGGAGAUUUGUUCUUUUAAACGCUGAUCUUUGUAUAAGGUGCUGGGGAUCGGAUUCUAAUGAUAUUUCCGGCUUUUGCUGUUAUAUUCUCUUUCAGGGUUGAUUUCUUUUACAUUUUUGUUUUACAUUGCUGUAAUUGACAUGAUUUUAACUGUGUUUUGAGCAAACUGUAUCUGUAGUGGUGGGGAUUGGGUUGGGGGUGAUCAGCUCCUGAAAAAUGUAUUUGUUUUGUUUUCUUUUUGUGCAAAGCAAAGACAAAAUGAUGAAAAAUUACAAUGAUAGUAAUAAAAACAAUGAUAUAAUAAUGACCGUA